AUGACGGUGCGGUCGUUUCGUUUUAAGUGCACGUUCAGAUUGAUAAUUAAGGCUUCAAAUGUAAGAUGUAACAUCAAACAACAUUUCAAAAAAGAAACUCAUUUCGAACAGUAUCAACCUUCCACACGUUGUGACUUGAUCUUAUACAAACACUUAAUAAAAGAAACAACAGCUAUGAAAAUUUAA